CGAGAGCAGUCGCUGCUGCCGCUUUUACGCAAUCUUUAUUAUUUUUCACUAUUGUUCGUGAACUCAACUACAUAACUGUGGACGGCUGAAACGAAACCGAAAGUGCAACUAAAUCGAAAUUACCAUAUAUUUUGCAAACCCAAAAAAUAACAGUGAACCGAAUUAGAAUCGAAGGGGAAAGACAAGUGCAUUUCCCAGUGGAAAUCACUGCACCUGUGCACCUGUUUCCUGUCCCUUGCGGCACACGUACGCACCUUUGGGCUGGGGAAAUACGCGUAGAAAUGCGGCUCAUAUGCAAAGUACAGUGGAGUGCUCGAUAAAAGUUAAUGCCUUAAAAACAGACGAAGAAAAACAAAACAGAAACAUAGUAAAACAGUGCGACCUUGUCUUGUCUUCGGUGGAGCCCCUUUUUCCACCAUCCACUAUCUUGGGAUUACACACACUCGCACCGCAUUUGGAUAUAAAAUAAAACCUCAUCAGCUUAAAGAUGCUGAAGCACGUUCAAAUCUCACCGCUGCGCAAUCGUUCUGACUCGGUGUCCCUGCGCUCCUCCAGUCAUGCCUCCUCCUGCGCCAGUUCCAUGUGCGGCAGUCCGGAGCCACCCACAGAUCUGCAGAGGACACCCUCGCGGGCCUCCAGCUACUCCAGUCUCAAUGAGCAGCUGCCACAGACCACCAUCAAAGUGUACACCAACUGCCUGAAGAUCGAUAUCGAAUACAAGACAUUGGGGAUUCAGUGGGACACCACCAGCAAGGAAGUGAUUGCUAUGCUGCUGAGACGCCUCAAGAUGCGCCAUCGUGAUCCACGACUCUUUUACCUGUCCAUGGAGGUGGCCGUACGUCGGGCUGGUGUAAAGACCAUCCUUGUGCUGGACGAUGACACCCGGCCGGCUAUCAUGCAGGCGUGCCACCCGAAGGGUGAAUCUCGCUUUUGCCUGCAGCUAAAGCCCGGCGGUCUCAUCCGCGUCCACACAUCCGCCCUGCAGCCGAGCUCCCAGUACAAGUCCCUGGUAAUUAGCGAAGAGACCACCAGCGAUGAACUGCUUCAGUUGCUCCUCGGCUGCUAUAGCUCACCGGAGCCCGUGGAGAGCUUCUCGCUGUACGAGGUGUGUCCGGGACAGGAGUGUCAGCGCAAGUUGCAUCCGGAUGAUCUGCCGCUGCGCACCCAGGCGGAGCGGAUGAAGCGCGGGGAGGGUUGUCACUUCUUGGUAAGGCGGACGCCCAACUAUGCCCGUCGGCGUCAGUUGUUGGCCAACCUGAACGAGGCCAUUGGCCAGGCUGCAGCAGAAGCGGCGGCAGCAGCAGCAGCGGAGGAUGCCACCAGUCUGCUGGAGCUCUCGCUGGAGUCGGAUCUGUCGCUCUCCGAGGAUCUGCACAGCUGCAGCAGUCGGAGCAGCAGCAGCGAAGAUGCCGAGGAUGAGGACGAGUGUGCCAGCAGCUCUGGCUCCUCGGACAACUCCACGGAGUGUGCCCUGCGACGUGACUUUUAUCCAACUCCAGCUCCUCCUGCUCCUGUUUCUGUUCCUGCCCCAACGACAGUCACCGUGUCGCCACCUGCUCGUGCCUACAGCCCCGUGUACAACAUUCGGGAGAUCCGCACAGCCUCGCACUCGUUCUCCUCGCUGGGCAAGGACAAGAAGCUGCUGGACAUUCAUAUGAAUGCACGCUACGCCUCCGGUGGAGGUCUCUAUGGAAGGCUGAUGCCUGUUGCAGAGACAGAGACCCUGGACCUGAAUGGCAAUCCCAGCAGCAAGCUUACAGCGGAGGCUGUUAACAACAAUCCGGCCAAGGGUCUGGGUCACUUUGUUUAUCUGUAGCCUCACCCAGAGAAGUGUACAUAGGAGCAGCAGCAGUUUAAGUCUAAGAUUAAAAGCCCCCCAAAAAGUAGUUUGGACCAAA